CCAGCGGCAAGAUGGCGGCGUCCGGGGGAAGGCGCUGGCUGUGCAGCGCUCGGCCGUGGCGGUUGCUCCACACGGAACCCUCAGCGGCAGCACCGCCGCCUUCUUUGCCGUCUGACACGGCUGCUGUUGAAGCUGCCGCGCCUUCGUCGCUGUACCCGCCGGUGGUGGCUUCUCUCACGGCAAAGAGCCAUGCCGCCAAGCUCCGGCGCCGGGAGCGUUUCUACCAGCAGAUUCACGACGCGCCCUCCGUCCAGGAGAAGCUGCGGCUCUACGGGAAGCGACAGCGCCUCAAGUACGUGGUCUACCCGCAGACCUGGGCGCUGAAUGCGGACCGCUGGUACCAGAACUUCACCAAGACCGUCUUUGUGCGGGGGCUGCCCGCGCCGGUGGCGGCGGCGGAGGCAGCGAAAGAAGACAGUAGAGACGGCAUUGGCGGCCUGGAUCUGGCCGAGCUGAGGUCCGUGGUGUGCGACGUGCUCCUUCAGGAGCAUUUCUACCAGUGCAAGCGGCGGCCGUACCUUUUCCGCACUGUGGAGGUGGGGCCAGAGCCCUUCCUCACCAAUCUGGUGCCAACCCUCAUCUCCCACCUGGUCAGUGCCAACCCGAUGCUUGGCACCUCUUCCACCCUAGACUUCAAACCAGACGUAAAUUUCUACUGGAUGCGUGGUGAGACAGUUGUUCCCUGUGGCCAUCGGAAGGGCAGGAUUGACCCUCUGAGAUUUCAGAUUGAUGAUAAACCACACUGUCAGAUUCGUAUAAAAAAACAGCUUUCAGAGUUUAUGCCUCUGGACUAUAUAUCUCCUGAAGAAAUUCCUCAUCUUAAAGUUUUACCAGACAAGCUUCCUUUGUUCAAAAGACAGUAUUAUAACAAAAUAUUUAUAGGUUCACGGAUAGCAGAUCCAUGUACUUAUGGACAUACACAAUUUCAUUUGCUUCCUGAGAGACUAAAGAGGGAGAGACUUAUUAAGUUGAAUCUUAUUGAUCAGCUUGAAGUUCCCUCUCGUGCCAAUGCUAUUGCAAGUCUCUUUGCUUGGACUGGAGCACAAGCAAUGUAUCAAGGAUUCUGGAGUGAGGCUGAUGUGACCCGGCCCUUUGUAGCACAGGCUGUGAUUACUGAUGGAAGAUAUUUUGCUUUCUUUUGUUACCAGUUGAACACCUUGGCUUUAACUGUUGAUGCGGAUAAAAACAACCCAAGAAAGAAUAUUUGUUGGGGAACUGAAAGUCAGCCCCUGUAUGAAGCAUUAGAAGAUAAUGAUGUAAAAGGUUUUAAUGAUGAAGUUCUGGUUCAAUUGAUUACAUUUCUCUUAAACAGACCAAAGGAAGAAUAACUUGAAAUUCAGAUAAUCUGAAUCAUGUUAGUGAAACAAGUUCCAAUGUUUUUUUGUCUGAAUGAUUAAAAAUAUAACCAUUUUGAGCACUAUCUGUACACAAGAUUCUUUAGCAAGACUGGGAGUUGUAUGAGAUUAUUGCUGGUGCUGUUAAUUGUCUUGGAUUAUAUAUUUGUUUGCAGAAAGAUGCAUCUAAAUAGCUGUUUAAAUGAACUAUCAAGGCCAACAUUGUCUCUGUGUGGUGUAUUGUUUUAUAACUUAGUUGCCCUGACAGGAAGAUGGAGGUAGCUGUUAGCAGCCUAGUAAAAGACAAUAUUCAUGGUACUUCAUUUCAUUGUGUCUCUUUCUGUUCCUGGUAAAAACAUAAAGCUAAAGUUGGUGUUGAAACAGAAGAGAACUGUGUUGUUAAAUGUUAACCAUACAUACUGAAUGAUGCUGUGAUCUUUUGGUAUUCCAGUUUGCACAAUUGCUUUACCAAUUUGAAAGUGUCUAAGGGGUUUAAGGCAGUACUUGAACUUGAAAUGUACAAACGUUCAGUACACAGUUCUACAAUUUACUCAAGUGUAGAAAUCUCUUUUACAGAUGCAACACCAUAUAAAUGAAUUUAAACAAAAA